AGCCAUUCAGAAAACAAAGUAUCCAGUCCAAGAACGCAGUCAAAAGCAUCGAAAGACCAAGAAAUGGAUUGUCAGGCAACCGGAAACCCCAAGACAGGAGAGGCCUCCGCCAGAUGUGGAGUGAUGGUUGGCCAUGAUCAGGCCAAUGCCAGGGCAGGAGUCUUCGCCAUGACCCCGGGCACUGGAGGCCCCGUCACCAAGGGCGUUUACGGAGCAGUAAACGCCAAUGGUCAUGGGUUGUCCGUGCAGCAUGGUCACAUUGAGGGCAUUGGUAGCACCACCACUGCCACGGCCCAGGCGAAUCUCCUCCACACCCAAAAAAACACGACGCUCAAUGCCACAGGGUAUCACAGCCACAGUCGCACCCACGAUCAGUUUGGGGCCGGACUGAAUAUGCAGACAUCCGCCGGUCACUCCGCGGCGUUGGGGGUGAAUCGUGUGCCCCAGUUUGAUGUGACUACCAUGCAGGCAACUGGCAGGGCCAACCUGUACACUUCACCCAGUGGCAACCUCAAUCUGAAUGCUACCGGCAAUGCCGUGCGCCACAUGAGUGGGCCACUACGCGGCAAGUCCGACAUUGGAGGCGGACUCAACCUCCGAUAUGACUUUUAAGGUGUUAAACUUAAACAAAAUGUAUAAUUGUUUAUGAUGUUCCAAUAAAAUUGUAAUCAGUAUAA